AUGCCCCUCUCAGGAGAGAGUAAAGUCUCGCUCAGGCAACAUGUGUCUUCGCCGCCGCAGGAAACGGCUCCCCCGUCGCCGUUGGCAGCUAUCAGACAAUCUCCGAAGAUCCUGGGAUAUUGCCUAGCUCUGGCUUCUGGUAUCCUACUUUUCGGAUAUGACCUGGUCAUUGUGGGAAAUGUUUCCGCCAUGCCGGAGUUCCAACGCGAUUUCGGCCGUCGACUAGACGGGAAGUUGAUCAUUCCGUCCCUAUGGUUAGGUCUAUGGGAUGUAGCAAGUCCUCUUGGAGGUCUGUUUGGGGCUUUAACUGCGGGCUUCAUGCAGGACCGUGUCGGACGUCGCUUCUGCUUAGCCUUUGCGGGUAUCUUAUCAGCAGCUGCAGUCGCGGUCGCAUACGUUUCGAACCUCCCAGAUGAUAUAGACGCCCGCAGGGCAGUCUUCUUCACGGCGAAGCUUGUGCAAGGCCUUGCCAUCCAUAUAAUCUCGUGCACGACGCAAACAUACAUGUCAGAGGUUUUGCCUGCCGUGCUGCGAGGCCCGAUUCUUGCCUUUUUCCCAAUAUUCAUCCUUCUGGGGCAGCUGGUGGGAAGUAUAGUGGUCUAUAAGUCUUUGGAUAUUAUUGGGAGUAGAGGAUAUCGAAACUGCUUCAUCUCACAGUGGCCGUUCUCGGCAUUGCCGCUGCUCGUUGCAGUGAUCCUUCCUGAGAGCCCGACGUACCUCAUUCGGAAGAACCAGAUCACCGCUGCUCGAAAAUCACAACGACGGCUGGAUUCUAACGACGUUGAAUCGGAAAAGAAUCUGGAGCAACUCUGCUUGUUUAUUGAAAAGGAAGACCAAGACGCUGCUAGCAACGCGACGGGGUACCGUGACUGCUUCCGAGGCGUCGACCGUCGUCGGACCAUGAUCGUCAUGUUUGCAAAUCUCAUCUCGUCGUUCUUCGGUCUGCCGCUCCUAUCGAAGAGCAGCUACUUCCUGCAGAUUGUCGGCAUGGAGCACCGUCGAAGUUUUGUGUUUCUGCAGGUUGGCCUUGGGAUGGGGCUGGUGGCUAACAUCAUCAGUAUGCAGACACUGACAAAAUUUGGCCGCGUGCCUCUCAUCAUUGGCAGCCUGGGGGCUUCAGCUCUCGCGUGGACGGGGAUGGGAAUUGCUGGCUGCUUCCCGGGUACGGUUAGCGCAUGGUAUAUCGGCGUCACACUAGUCGUGAUAAUUGCAGUCUGCGGUAUUGGCGCGUGGCCCGCAUCCUACGCUGUUGGGGGAGAAACAUCAUCUUUGCGACUGCGUGCCAAGACACAAGGAUUGGGCUGGUUCGUCAUCGGACUAUCCAGCGCCGUAUUCAACCUCACCUUGCCGUAUAUCUUCAAUCCGGAUGAGGGGGCAUUGCGCGGGAAGACAGGAUUUAUGUUCGCAGCACUUUGUAUCAUCGCACUAGCAGGGACAUGGUUCUUCGUGCCGGAGAUGAAAGAUCGGACGCCCAGCGAAAUCGAUGACAUGUUUGAAGCGGCUUUGCCUGCGCGGCAGUUCAAAAAGUGGAUUCGAGACGAUCAGCUGUUUUCAGAGCAGUCUCCACAUCAAUGA